AUGUUGGUGAACAUUACGUUGAUAGCGGUGUCUUUCAUUGUCUUUGCUACCGCCAAUAAUUGUGACGGUUCUUUUCCCCCUGGCGUCGGCCCUACUCUGACUCUCAACAAUGUCACGCUGCCUUCUGGGCGGAACUUCAUCUACUACCUGCCCCAAUUCUACAACGGCUACAACAUGCAUCCCGCUGUCUUCUCGUUCCAUGGCGGUGCUAGGAACGCAACCUGGCAAGAGGAUCUUACGCAACUCACCAACCCAUACUACAAUUGGCAAGGCAUCUCCGUUUAUCCGCAAGGGGCACCACGGCCCAGCUCCGACGACGACGACGACGACGACGACGAUACCGGGGACACCGACGCAGACUAUCAGAUCGGCUACUGGUUAUCCCAUCCUGGCAAGAGCAAUGGUGGAGGACUGGUGAACCUGCUCGCGUGUAACUUCACGACUGCAUCAAUGUUCACAGCAUUCGCAUCAGUCAGUGGCGCUUAUUACGAAGACAAGCUGGCUAUCGACGGCGAUCCGGCUCGAGAUGUCCCCUUCCUAAGUUUCCACGGGCUCAAUGACACGACCAUCCCUUACAAUGGCAAACCUCCAAAACUGGAAUAUUCCUCAGCAGGAGAGCUUCCGAAGCCGGUAACAUAUACUGGAACGUUCGGGAUUGACGACUGGCUUCGCAAAUGGUUCAAGAUCAACAGCUUGGCCGACUCCAAUGGCAAAGUCGAUGUAGUCAACACAACUCUAUAUGGCGGAUACGUGACUCAAUGUGUGUUUGGCGGCCCUGGAUCCGUCAACAUUAUCCACUACAAGGAGAACGAUCUUGGUCAUGUCUGGGCUAGCCUUUAUCCAAACACCGAUUGUCCGUCCACGAAUGCCACGCGGAACCUCACCAAGUGUCCAAUGGGCCAUUAUGUUUUCAACGCAACAGAAGUCAUUAUCGAUUACUUCAAUUCUUUCAUGCAAAGUGGUGCAAUAACAUUUUAG